GAAAUACAUGACAUCAGCACCUUCGUCCAUUAAUUUAUGUGUCUUUAAAGCCCGCUGCGCAGAUUCGAUCGAACUGUUGAACGAUCAACGGUAAAGUACAACAAUGGGACAAUUAACGAUGUUUUUAAUGGCUAUUUUCCUAGUCCAUUAUGCGUUUGCUGACAUUAUGAUACAACCUGGAUACGAACAUUCACACUCUACACAGAAAUCAGAUUUGGAGGAAGAACAUCAGCCCAUAAUUCAACCUCCUGAAACUCUUCCAAAUUCAGAAGACAAAGGCCAUGAAUCACAUCCUCAAUCACACAGUCCACGCCAAUUAGUACAACAACAGGGAUACAUGGAUCCAGGGUAUCAUUUGGAACUUUAUCCAGUGUAUUCGGAUUCAUACCAUGUUCCCGCUCAAGCAUUGUCGCCGAUGUUUCAACAUGUAAUAUUGCCACCUAUGUCAAGAACUGCUUACAGACGACUGCUGUCUGAUAUGAAUAGCUACGGAUCAGCAGGAAUUCCCGGAGCAAUUCUACCUUAUUAUCAAUAUCCUCCUAUAGCAGCACACAAUCGAUACAGAAGAUCUAAUCCAAGCGAAGAACCCGAUGGAAUACAAAGGGGUGAACACGAUGAUGUGGCCACGAAGUCGCCCUUAGAUGAUUCGUUAUCGGUCGUUGAUUUGCAAGAUCAAGAGAAGAAGCGCGUGAAUACUCGUCAGAGUGUUUCAUUGUUGGGCUUGAAUCCAUCGAACAUGUAUCCUGUGCAGCAACAAUACCGUUCUGUGGAAUUGAAACCAUCCUAUGAUCCCCAUCAACAAAUACCAGCCGAAAUAAAACAAGAAAUGCCACAAGAAAUGCCAAUUGCUAGUCCUAUAAAAACCACGAGUUCUUUAUUAGCCAACAAAGAUCUUCAUCACGCAUUAUUAUUGCAACAAACUUCCCCCCAAAAACAGCAACAGAGAAAUUCCGGAUUGGUCUCUGCUUCCGUUCAAUCGUCGCCAGCUGAUAUCGUGGGAAGUCAGCGCGAAUUUAAAAUUUCCACGGAAAAAGCUGAUAAUCAUAAGGAUCAAGUGGGCACGAAGCUGGGGGAUAUCUACAAAAUAAGGGUGCACCAGCACGUGCAUAACCACGGGAAAUUCAAGGAUAAUAUGUCAAAAGAAAGUUACAGCAUCACGAUUCCUACUAACGCGCACCACGACGCUGAGCCAUCGAAUAAUUUAACACCGAUACAGCCCGCUGCAGAGCAAGUUUAUAGUAAGCCAACUGACCUGGGGACAAAUUAUUUGCCAUACACUCAGUACACCGUUGCACCUCAAUCUUAUCCUGUUAGCGAUUUCGGUAAUUAUGUAGGUAAUUAUGUUUGGUCAUGUCCCUAUUCGCCAUACAGAAUUUGUUUCGAUACCAAUGAUAUACAACAACCUGUCGUAUAUCAGUUAGCUUAAAUGAAUCUCGACUUUGCAAAUCAAACGACCACGCAAUUUAACUCUACAGCUAUACUUUUUGGAUUUUGUAUAAAAUGUUUAUAUCACGAUAUUUUAUAUUUUUUCACGGAUAUUACACGUCAAUUAAGCAUCUAUCGAAUAUAUAUGUAAAUUUCAUCGUUCUUAAUCGAUGAUUAGAUGGACAUUUUUCAAUAAACGUAUAACCAUAAA